CUGUGACGAAGGUGGCGUCAUAUGUUUCUCUCGCUCGCUCGUCUCGCUGUCUGUGAAGGAAGAAGGAAGAGCAAUGGCGACGCUGUACCGCCGCGCGCUCACACUGCACACAGGAGCCACAACACACACUAUCUUUACUCUGAUACUGCUGGGAAGAAGGUCUUGAAGGGUUCAGAGGUGAUCAAACUCAGUAAAGCAGAUAUGCUUUUGUAUGGUCACGUCCCAACCCAUGAGGAUUUCAGACCCGUCGUUUGCGAUGCCUGCAACAAAGUCAUUAAGCCUCAGGACGUCCUGACUCAUUACGGUAGUUGGGGAAUAGUUGAACAGUGAGUAGAGAGGACAGCGUCCACCUCGAGCCCUCCAGAGCCAUGCAUAGCAAGAACCAGAGGAGACACUGCUCGCCCAGCAGCUCCAGGACCCCUCUGGUUCCUGUCAAGGCCAAGAUGUCGGUGGGCCAGAGCGAGGUGGAGCCCCUUCCCUUCCGGGUUCCUCGCGAUUACCCACACUCACGCUUCAGCAAGGCGCCACUGGCCGUCUAUCCGCCCAAAGGAGCCCGAGCCAAGGCCUGCGUGUCUUUACCUGUGGUGAGUUUGGAGAAGAUGCCGUGUUUCAGCCGAUCGGAGGGAGCGCACAUCAAAGUCAACUCCACAUCUCCCACGCCAGGUUCUUCUCUUUCUUUCUCCUCCACGUCUUCCUCUCCAUCUUCCGCUCCUCUCAAGUCCUCCUUGACGUCACCAGCAUCUCACAAGAACCAGGAGAAGUUCCUGAACGGUCGCGGUCCUGUGACGCCUCGCUCCACCACGCCCCCCACGCUGAUUGACAGGCGGCCCAGCCCAUCACGGUCGCCCUUGGAGAAACGGCCCGCCCCCUCGCCCUCGCCCUCCCCACAGGACAGGAGACCCGCGGCCUCCACGUCUCCAUCCCUAUUGGACCGGAGACUGAUAGUCCCUCCUUCUCCACCAGACAAGAAGCAUCAGAACGGAGCCAAAGGCGGGCGGCACCGAAGAGUGUCGGGGAGAGUGUUUGAUCCUAAUAAACACUGUGGGGUUUUGGACCCAGAGACAAAGCGGCCUUGCACUCGAUCUUUAACCUGCAAGACUCACUCUCUAACCCAUCGGCGAGCCGUCCCGGGACGGAGGAAAGACUUCGACAUCCUUCUAGCGGAGCAUAAGGGACGGGCGAAGGAGAAGGAGACGGGGCAAAAAAAGGAAGUUCAAGCAGGCAGCCAAUCAGUGCAGGUCACACAGUCACAUGACUCAGCAACCUGCCUAUCCACAAGCUGUACCAAUGCCAAGACCACGCCCACUCUCAAACUGCAGCUGGCCAAUUCACACUUACACAGAGCGUGUAGCGGCGGCGGUGCAGUUGUGUUCAGCUCUGCACCCGUUCCUCCUCCUGAACCUGUGCUCGGCUGGCAGCAGAGCAGCGGAGACGCGCGUCUGUCCAGCGAUGAAGGAGAAACGGACCUCCCCGAGGAGUCUGAGAAGCCACUGUGCCACUAUUCUCCACAGCACCCGCGACCCAUGAGCUGCUGUGCGUUCAGCAGUCGGUUGAUGGGACGGGGGCACUACGUGUUCGACCGGCGGUGGGACCGGGUGCGGCUGGCGCUCCACUGCAUGGUGGAAAAACACGUCAACUCUCUCAUGUGGAGGAAAGUCCCCCUAGCAGUGGAGAGCAUGACGAGCCCGACUGAAGUUUCUCCCCUUGGCUCUCCGUUUGUCCCCAACCACACGCUGGCGGCUCCUCUGGACGGCGUCUCCAUGGUCUCGUACUCCACCUCUUUCUCUCAUAACGGCGCUGGGGUUUUCUGCAUCCGGGACCCUGGACCCGGACCCAGACCACAGCGGAAUAAACCAGCCAAGCUGCCCAAAGCCUCAGGGGACGGAACGGGACCUAAAAAGCGGAAAGCGCCUCCAGCCUCUGAGUCACGAAAGAGCGGGAACAGCUACCAUCUGCCACUGGGUGCGGCGCACAUCAGUAACGGGACGGCGGCCCUCAGCGUGCGGGCCAAGCCGCGGCCAGGGGCCCCGGGGCCAAGGGAGCAGGACAGGUACGGGAGCGUGGAGCUGUCCCUCCCGCAGGCGCUCACCGGGGAUCAUGGGGGAGUCUCGUCCCACAGCCCGCUUCCCUACGGAUCCUCCAAUGGGAGGAAGAGGAAGAGCUCUGGAUCGAGCACCAGCAGUGACAAACCCAGCAAAAGCACCAAAUCCACAGCACUGGACGGGAUAUUCAGGAAGAGCAGCAGCAGUUUGCUGUCGUCUGUCGCUGAAUCUCCCCACAGCGCCCUCCCCAGACAGCCCAAGGUCCCUCACUGAUGCAGUGUGAGUUUGAGAAGAGUUCGGGACGUCCUGUGAGGGCUGUAGACGCGGGAUGCCAGCACUGUGUCUGUCCUGCCUUGAUCCCACCGCUGCCUCUUAUCCCGCUACGGUUGAGUCGCAUCCUUCGCGCCCUCCUUUCCUACAGGGCUUCUUCUGUUCUGUUCCCAUUAGAAAUAAAUGCUUCAUCUGCCAGUUUAUCGAAGAAUGAUUUCUCACGUUUCCUUCAGUCUCAUGCAGAUUCAGAUUUUGAUUUAACCAGUACACAACACAUUUCAGACAUUCAGCGAUAUGGAGUUUUAUUUUUAUUUUCACGUAGAUGGGGACAACAUGAAGGAAAACCCUUCAGACUCAACCGUGUCGAUCUAAAGUGCACUUAAUUUCGAGUCUACGUAAAAAGGAGGGGAAAAAUGUUUCAAACAAGGGAAUAUUUUACAGACGCUUUUUCGGCAAGUUGUAUUUUUCUAAAUUGGAUGAAUUCAGGUUUUUGAGUAUUUGUUUUUGACACAAGUAUUUGUCGAUUUAAAAACAAAAAAAGAAGCCAGGACUCACACCCCUGUGGUAAAGCAACUUUAACCGGUGAUGAAUUUUGUAUGAUAAUUUAUCCUUUAUUAAUUUUCUAACUGACCUGAUUAGUGAUUCACACGUUGAGCAGAAGUAUAUUUGUAUGCCAUUUUAAAGGUUUAAAGUAUUAUAGAGACCCUAUUGUUGGAAAUGUGUGUACAUAUCUUUUAUUAUAAUUGUUUUGUUUUGUAUUUAUUGUUAGCGUCUCUCAGAGGUUCAAGGAUUUAGUGGUUUCUCUCUUCCUCAGUCAUAUGUAUCUUCAUAGACCUAAAAAUGGUUGGUUAUGAAAGGGCCUUGCAUCGCUUGCAUUUUCCAUUUAUACUCUUUGAUUAUGUUUUUAAGGAAUACUAACUGAAAUGAUGAUGUACCCACAGGAUCCCAGUCUUUCAAGACUUUUCUAGAGGAAAGGUACAUUGCUGUGAGCCAGUAUUGGCAGUCGGCCGAGGUCUGUUGCCAAUUUUGUUUUUUAAAGAUGUUGUUAGGUCAUACGUGCACCUUUUAGUGUUUGACCAUCAGAAAUGAAGACCUUCUCAAAGAGUUAACGGAGAAAUGUUUGCUGUUUACUCUGUAUUUGCACUACCGUUUUAUUUUUAUUCAGCAAGGACUCUUAAUUGAUCAAAAGUGGCAUUUAUAAUGUGACAAAAAUAAACUAAAUAUUCCUCAAAGAAUCCACAAAAAUAUGAAGCAGCAAAACUCUUUUCAACAUUGAUAAUAAUCAGAAAUUUUCAGCAUAAUAGACCCUUUUUCUGUUAGUAAACAUUGUGACGUUUUUUCUGUGGGCGGGGCUUAGCUGGAGGCAGAAAGAUUCCACUGACUGCUUCACUAACGCUAGCUAUGAAGUUUGUUUACCUUGUUUUUUUAACAACGGCUGGAGAAAAUCCGAUUUUACCUGCAUAUGUAAGGUCACUCACUGUGCAGGACCAUGAUCGUUAUUGAAAUAAGUUAACUUUAACGGACAAAGUCAAAUUGGCCGACCCUAUGCUCAUGGAUGGACGAUCUGACAGGAUUACCUGCGAUUGAGUGACUCGAGUCGCAUAUAACGUUAGAGAAACCUAAGAGAAACUCACCUGUGUCUAUCUAGUCAUGAAGAUGUACAUAUAUUUCAAGUUCAGCGGGCUAUUUUUACAGCUAACGUUACGUGAGAGUGAACUGGGCCAAAAUACAAAAAGUUAAACAUUCAAUGUGAUGAAUGUUUAUUUAUAUAUUUUAAAGUAUAUACAUCCUGUAAAUUAUGUAAGUUAAGUUUACAAUACUUUACAUACAGUACAUUUAAAGGAAGAUGUGAAUAGUUUCUAGAAAUAAAAAUUCCAGAAAUUAAUUUUGAACUUUCUGUAUUUGAUUAUUAUUUCUUACUAAGUUCUUAGAAAGUCCAGCCACUAUCAAUCACAAAAAUGUAUAUUACAGAUGAUUAAGCAUAUAAAUCGUCAGUUUGUUGUUUUACACACAUGCACACAUACAUUAUUUCAUAGUUGUGAGAUGCAUAAGAAAUCUUUAGACACGUAAGACAAACCAUAAUCCAUAACAACAAAAGACAAUACUUUAUUUAACCUUUUCUGAUAAGAAGUGUGUGCUGCAAACGCGAGCAUUUUUGACAAUCGUUUCUGUCCAGUCCGCUCGUUGUAUCUCGUUUAACCACAGCUGUCGUCGGUUUUUUGUCUGGGAGUGGCAGCAGGUAUGAGAUAAAAUUUCAAAUUGGAGCCUGUACUACGUCGAUUCUUGCAUCCAACAUCAAAACAAGAUGAUAUUUUAAGCUCCUUAUGUAGCCGAAUCUGCGCUGUUUUGAAUGGGCCGCCUCCAGUUUUCUCUUUGUUUUGCCUCCAGCUAGCGCGGUGACGUAAUCGUGAUGUCGGCGCAAAAAGGGUCUAUAGAAUGAUUUCUGAAGGAUCAUGUGACACUGAAGAAAAUUCAGCUUUGCAUCACAGGAAUAAAUUAGAUUUUAAAAUAUAUUCAAAUGGAAAACAGUUUUUUAAAGUUGUAAUAAUAUUUCACAAUUGCACUGUUUGAACUGUAUUUUUUUAUCAAAUAAAUGCAGCCUUGGUGAACAGGAGAGACUUCUUUCAAAAACAUUAAAAAUCUUACAUAUCCCAAAUAUUUUUGAACGGCAGUGUAAGUGUUCCUGGCCUAAUUUUGCAUAAUUUCUAAGCAUUAUAAUAAAUUAUAUGGCAAUAAUGUGUCACCAUGAUAACUUUUAAAAAAGAAAGUCCCACUGAAUUUCGCUGAAUAUUCAAUUUUACACUGAAAAUGCAACAGUAAAAUGGAUUGUAAAUGGCAUUUCAUGUUGACAUCAAAGAUGAAGUGCAAAGAAUUGCACAGAAUUGCAAAAUAAUGAUUAUUUCCAAACAGGUUUCCAGAUCAUUGUGGUUUUGCAUUGAAACAUUUUUCAUAAUUUACAAUUCAGCUCCAUUUCCUCUUGUUUAAUCUCUGAGAAGCUCUUCAUUACUAGCAUAAGAAUCUUAAUAUUUAAAGGAACAGUUCACCCAAAAAAGAAAAUUUUCUGAAAAUGUACUCCCUUUCAGGCCAUCCAAGAUGUAGAUGAGUUUGUUUCUUCAUCUGAUUUGGAGAAAUGUAGCAUUACAUCACUUGCUCUCCAAUGGAUCCUCUACAGUGAACGGGUGCCGUCAGAAUGAGAGUUAAAACAGCUGUAUUUGGACUUGUAUUUUAGUCGAAGCAAUGGUUUCAAGUUAAAGAUUUCUUAAUGAUGGAUUUGUUUCUCACAAACACGCAGCUUUUCACUUCACAAGAUGUUAACUGAUGGUCUGGAGUGGUGUAGAUUACUUGUGGAUUAUUGUGAUGUUUUAUCAGCUGUUUGGACUCUCAUUCUGACGGCACCCAUUGAUGGAAUGCUACAUUUCUCCAAAUCAGAUGAAGAAACAAACUCAUCAACAUCUUGGAUGGCCUGAGGGUUUUCAGCCAAGUUUUGUUUGAACUAUUCCUUUAAGGAGCCACAACUCCUGUAAAGGUCCCUUUUUGCACUUUUUGUUGUUUUUUGUUGGAUUUGAGUACUAUUUUAUUUAUAAAAAGUAUUGAUAUAUGAAUUUAUAAGGAGAAAUAAUCAUGUAUAGUUGUUCUGACUGUGCAAAGACAAUACGCUCUGUGAACCCAGCUUGUGUUUGCUGUGACGGCUCUUUACCCCUGAUUAUUACCGUGUUGCCUUGCUGCCAAUGCGAAACUGUCCAUAGGUCAGCUACCAGAGCUAGAAACCAACCCCGGAUCCCUUCCACACCAUCUUUUAUGCGUGAAGUGCUUCCAUAUGGAUUUGGCGCUGUAAUGUUUUGACGUCAAGUGGCGGUGAAGUUCCCCAAUCCACACCACGUCUUUAUCAUCACGAAGAAGAAAACUGCCUGGAUGAGGAUGUUCGGUUACAUGUUAUGCCUUUUCCCAUUGCACAUCAAUCAUUAGAAAUUUUUCUGUGGAAUUAUUGACAUAAUAAUAUAUAUAUUUUUUCAGAAUAGCGUGAAGGACCACUUAAGUAAUCCGAAUGAAUCCGAAUGAAAUUGUAAUGCGGACAAAAUCUGAUCAUGGUACCACUUUUGACCUUAUGGCUCUUUCUUUUGGUCCAAUAGUGCCACAAAUCUCUAUGUACUACAGUUCAUCGACGUUGAACUGUAACUAAGCUAUGAAGUAUUAUUAUUAUACAGCAGGUCCUUGUAAACACAUCCCUCUUGUAGAAAUUAAUGAAUGUCACCAUGGCAUAGCAGUGCAAUUUCUAUUUAUAUCUUUUUAUUUCUUUUUAUUUUCUCUCUUUUAAUUUUUUAUAUAUUUUUAUUUCUUUAUUAUUAUUAUGGAAGCCCAUUUCCUUCAUGGAAUUAUUAUUUUUUAUUUUUUUUGCAAUGCUGACUAUCGUAAUUCUGAGUAUAUAUCUCACAAUUCGGAUUUUGUUCAGAGAAAAAAGUGUCAAAUUGCGAGAUAUAAACAAAAAAAAAUCAGACUUUUUGUCUCAAUUCUCACAGUUCUCUUUUUUUUUUUUUUUUUUUUUUUGCAAUUGCGAGUUUAUAUCUUGCAAUUCUGAGAAAAAAGUCAGAAUUGUGAAAAAAAAAAAAUGUUGCAGUUAUGGGUUUCCAUAAUAUAUAUAUAUAUAUAUAUAUAUAUAUAUAUAUAUAUUUAUUUUGAUGUUUUUAAUUUUUGUUUUGUAGUUUUCAUUUUGCUUUUUUUAUUUCUAUAUUUUUAUAUUUACUUUUAUUUGUUUUGUAGUUUAAAAUUUUGCUUUUUAUUGUUUUUUGUUAUUUUAUUUUUAUUCUUUUUUCUUUCUUUUUUAGUAGCUUAAUGGCUGAUUUCACAAAGAAUGGCGUGAGAUUCCAAUCCUCAUUGGUUUAAUUUGAAUAUUUAUAUAUUGUAAGCUACAUUUUCGGUUACACAUUGAACUCAAAACCCCACAGAGUUUUCUGUGAAAGACACAUGCGGCUUGCUUCCACGUCAAGGAAAAUGCCUGAAGCAAUAUGAAUUAAUUCUGUAAUGUUCUCCAUUCUGUUCAGUUCGUCUACUGAUAUGUAUUGUUGCAUGUGUGCAUACUACUACUUUGCCAUUAUUAGUGAAUGUCAUUGCUAACUAGAUGGUUUGUCAUAACACUGCACAAAGCAGCCCUGUUAAUGAGCUUAUUCCCAACCACAUCACCUGUCCACUUUUCCUCUCACAGAUGCUUAUGUUGUAGAUGUAUUAUAGCCACACCUUCAGUGCUUCGAUGUGACCCAGCCAUAACAAUUGUAAAGAUUUCGAAGGCCUUAUUUUUAUACCUGGACUCUUCGUACAGAAUCUCUAAAUCUGACAUAAGAGGUGUUAAUAGGCAUUUCUCUCAUUCCUAAGUCGAGCUCCUGUGUCCUUUAUACAGUUUGUGUCCUGUUGGCCCAUGUGUUCUCAAUGAUAUAGACGUGUAUUUUCAGGUUUGAUGAUAUUUUGCAUUUCAGCUGUUACAGAAAUACAUUUUUCUUACCUGCU